GAUGUUCCUGUGCAAUAAAAUCAGCACUUCGCAAUUGUGAGGGAGCGUGAAUAAGUGGGAUCAGCGAAAAGAUGUCAAGUGGCGAGGGUGAUGGGUAUUGCUUGCAAGGCGGAAAGGCCUUUCAGCGGGUGUACGUUCAGGCACACGGUUACAUCGCAGUCCUCCUUUGUCUGUUCGGGUCCGCCGCUAAUUCCGUCAAUAUAGCUGUGCUCAGCCGCAAGGAGAUGACCUCAUCUACUAAUUCUAUUCUGACCGGCCUUGCCGUUGCCGAUUUACUCGUCAUGAUUGAUUAUAUACCGUUCGCUUUACAUAUGUACACGAAGAUUGGCUCGGAGUUAAACAGGAACUCAUACGGGUGGGCGGUGUUCAUCUAUUUCCACUCAAUAUUCAGCCAGACUUUCCACACAAUAUCGAUAUGGCUCACGAUCAUGCUUGCCGUGUGGAGAUAUAUAGCAAUCAAGUUUCCCCAGAGAAAUCGGACAUUGUGUAACAAGCAGAACACUAACGUAGCUAUAAUGCUAGCUUAUGCCGUCUGUCCCAUACUAUGUCUCCCAAUUUAUUUUGCAAUGAAUAUUCAAGAACGUCCGCCAGGUGUAGUGAAUGAUACUACAAAUAAUAUGACAAUGGAGCAGGGCAACACCACCAGUGCACCCGCGAACAGUGAACCGAUGUAUGUCAUAGCGAUGACUAAUAACAAUGAUUUGUUAACGGCCAUAUUUUGGAUUUACAGUGUAUUUAUCAAACUCAUACCAUGUGUAGUGCUAUCUAUUUUGAGUGUUUUAUUAAUUUUAAAAAUGAAGUCAAGCGACCGACGGAGACAGAAAUUGUUGAAGAAAUCAACAAUUACAACCAAUGAAGGUGAGAAGGCGCAGCUCAAUGAUGAAGGAGGGGGCAAGCGUGGCGGCGGUCGCACGGACCGCACUACCCGCAUGUUGGUAGCGCUUCUUGGACUUUUCCUGGCUACUGAAUUACCUCAGGCCUUGUUCGGCUUGCUCACAGCCAUCGCUCCACAUCUCUUUCAAAUCUGCUAUUAUGCUUUUGGUGAGGUGAUGGAUUUGAUGGCGCUGGUGGGGUCUGCGGUGAACUUCGUGCUGUACUGCAGUAUGAGCAGACAGUUCAGGUCUACUUUCAACCGGCUGGCGCGCAAGGUCCUGCCUCUGCCGCAGCGGCAAGGAGAGCAGGUCCCAGCGCUUAAAGCAUAGCUCAGAAAUGUAACGUUGUCUACUUCUGUGGUUCAUCUUUAAGUGACUUUGAUGAUCCAUUGUUAUAUAAGUAUAACUUCAGUGGAAAUGAUGACUUCUUUAGAUGUGUGGAUGUUUCGAAAAGAAUAUAAACCUUUGGAUUAUUUUUAAAAAAAUAGCCAUAUAAGACAAUCUUACUCCUAUUUCGACAUUAAAAAUAUAAAACGUGUAGCACUACUGUAAAAGAUAUAUCUUUGUAUACGUAGACAGGAUAUGUAUAAUAAAUAUAGACUAACUAUUUAGAGUUAUUUAUAAAGAUUGCAUCAAUUAAAUACUGGAGUAAUUAUGUAACUAAAAAUUUCCGAAUGUGCGCUUUUUAUAACUUAACUUUAUUUACUUUGUUACCUCAGGAUUCAUGAAGGACACAUUUGUUAUUAGAGAAUUUUAUGAUACUCGUCGUUUCAUACAGUUGCUUGGCACCCAAAUUCUUUUCUUUAACUUUGGGCUUGGCACAUUAGGCUAUGAUGGAUCGCGCUAUUCAUUCAUAAUUCAUGAUCGUUUUGUAUCAAUAUUCAAAAUAAGUAGGCGGGUAAUGAUAUCAGUUUGGAAUCGUGAAUACAUAUUAUAGUCAAUAAAAAAUAAACACAGACAUACAUAUAAAUACUGCUAAAACAUGUACAUAAAAUGUAACAUUAUACAACCGUCAAAUACCAAUAAAGUUGUAAAUAUAAAAUAAAACGAAGCCAUUUUAAUGGUGCUAAUAUUAAAGGAACAAUUUAAUAAAUAUUAAUUAAGUUUAACUUCAAGAAAUUGUAUUUAAGUUAUGAAAUACUUAAGUACCUAAUUUAUCGUAUAUAAGUUUCACUUAAUUAGUGAUCGUAACCGAGAAUAGUCUAAAAAUACUUGUCGUAUAUUUGUGUGGGUAGAUGUAUUAAAUUAUUAUGAUAUAUUAAUAUGAAGGUCAAACUACAGAAAAAAAUUAAAUUAUUGUUAUAAAAUUAAUUUACUUACUUUAAAAGUAAUACUCAUUUAAAAGAAAUCUUUGCCGACUUUUGAAAGGAUCAGACAUAGAGAGAUAAUUUUCUAAUGUAUAAAUGUAUGUGGGUUUUGUAUUUUCCGUAUGAUAAUCUUAAAAUGUCUAUGUGCUCCAAGAAAUGUAAAAAAAAGGUGAAACAUUUACGAAAAUUUAUUAGGCAAUACAACAAUUUGUGUAUAUUAUUUAAUACCUUUGUUUUUACUAGAUAUACACUCUUAUACCCACAUUCACCAAUAAUACUAUACGGGCCUUAGCCAAGUAUUCACAAACGUUACUUGGCUAAGUACGGAUCAAUGCUAUGAUAGUAACACCUGUAUUUACAAACAAUACUAUGAGGACGCACAGUGCGUCCGAACGUAUUAUGUUGGCAAAUCCAGAGUUUUCUUUGGCUUUGAUCAGCUCUAUUUAUCUGAUAGGCAACUGAAGUAAAUUGUAUCUCAAUAUUAGCCAAUUAUCGCAACCCUAUGGUAAUUCACUGCGGAAGCUGACAUACGGUAAACACUGAGAAAUAGACUUAUUGUCACAUCAUUGCUUUAUACUUACCUACGUAGCGUUUGUGAAUACGGGCCUAAGUCUGGUUCUCAGUGAUUACAGCAUGGUAGCUUUCGGACUGUAUGGCUGCUAUGAGUGACAAUAUUGCGAUACAACUUGAUUUAAGUUGGUUGUCUGAUAAACAAAGUUGAACGAUGCCAAAGAAAACUUUGAAAUUGCUAACACUAUGCGUUAGGCGCGCUAUGCUCCCUUACAGUACCGUUCGUUAAUACAUACGGUUCUGUAGAGUCUUUACUCAUUCUACGUACGAUUUAAAAUCGGCACAACGUUUCGUUUAUAUCUAAAUAGCGGCUCAGAUCACCCCGGAGCCCGCAAAUAUUUUUAUUGCGUUUUAAUUACUUGAUGCCAUUAAUUAAUUUUACAUUGCGCACGCCAUUCUCUUUCAAAUGACGUUUAAAUUAAUUUCGAAGUACAGUUAGCCACUAAAGUAACUGAACAAAUACAUAAUUUCAAAUCGCUUUUGAACUUGUGCGUCUUUAUCAACAAUCGUUUUUUCUUUAAUAAAAUAAACUUCAGUGGUUUAUUUAUUAUAUUUUAAAUAAAGAAAAAAUAAUAUUUCUAUUGAAAUCAACGUGUUUUGAAAAGCAUUUUAAAGUUUUGAAUUGGUUCAGCUAAUUUUGGGACUUACUGUACAUUUCAUUAAUAAAUCACACUCAUUGUGUACAGAUGACAAAAGUGAAAUAACAGUAGGGUGCAGCCAAAGGAAUGUAGUAUAUUUUGGCCAUUUUAUUAAUUUGUCGAUAAAACAUUGCACCGCAUACCUUAAUUUCUUUUCCUCUACAUAUCGUUUUAACUCUUAGAUAAAUCAUUAAAAUGUAGGUGAAGGUAAAUUCGAAAUUUACAUAUUAAUUUUUGCUCCUUAAAUCAAGUUCACUCUGUAUGUUAACAGUCAAGAGUUGACAUGAUUUAUGGGCUACAUAAAUUAUGCUCUACGUGUCAAUAAAAUGCGUAUGUUGCAUAAUAAAACUUCGCUAUUUCAUAAUGAUUUACCAAAUCAGCUUUUAAUAUCCAUUUCAAAUUUUCCGUUAACCAAAACUGCUGAUUCACAUUUUAAUAUUUGUUACAUUUUAGGCACAUAAUAGACGAUAGUUUACACGUGAGCAAUUUCUGUCUUUUGUUUUGGUAUUCAUAGUUUUAUAACUGUUAUUACGUAUUAUUCGCUAAAGUAGAAGAUUUAUACAACCCUUUUAGUUGUUUAAUUUCCUUUAUUACUUUUUGGAUUAAUAUCGUCGUACAUGUUAAUGACACUAUCGCCAAGACAUUAUUCAGGUAUAAAAAUAGAGUCAAGCAUUCACUCAUACAGAUCAGAUUUGUAUAUACUUAAUAAUUAGUGCAAUAAUGCGUUUUUUCUAUUAAAAUAGAAUAAGUUUUUGAAAAUUAUUUGCAGAAUUGUAAUAUAUACCGGCACAGUUAUUAAGUUACAAUAUAAGAAAGCAAAAUAAAUGUGAAGUCAUGUAGAGGCGUGACUGUUAAAAUUAACUAUGUUGUUUAUCGAUUUUUAAUGUCUGCAUCUGAGAGUUCAAUUAUUCUCCGCUCAAGUCUCACAACUCCUAACAAGCAUAUUAUUGUAACUGAUACGUUUUCUUUAAAUAUUAUAAACCUAUUGUAGUCAAUUAAAUAAAUAAACAUUAAUAAUAUAACUCGAAAAAGUAUCUAAAUAACUGUAAUAUAUUAUGCUCUUAUAUUUAAAAGGAUUAUUAAUACAUUACUUUGAUAAAUUUUAUUACAAAAAUAUAAGUAAUCGCUUUGUACAAAAUUUUUUACACGUCGCCCUUGUAAUUGCGUUUCAUUAAGACCACAUUAAUUAGAAUUCAUAUCGUAAUUUUCAAACGAAUUAUGUCACACAAACUCAAAUACAUUAUUAUUCGUUUGUGUUAAUCCAGUAUACUAUACUAUUUGUACAUACCUGCGAGAGACGUAUUAGUGAAAUUGUAUUAGAAUAUAGAUUAUUAAAUGUACUAAUGUAGAGCUAUACUCAUUGUUUUAGUUAAAUCAAACAUUUUCUUUGUAAACUCUGCUAAUGCUAUGAAAAGAUUAGUCAUACAAUUUUUACAACAAAUUGAAUUAUUUCAUAUUUGCUAGUUCUGUAUUAUAUAUACUAACUAAAUAUAGAGUACGGAUUCUAUCACUGACGGGAUUUAGGCCUUAGUCACGGCCUUAGAUAAUAGUACUGUCUUACUACUUUAAUUGAGUUCGAAUUAGAAUUAGUUUCAAAAUUCUUAUUGAGAACUCUUAAGUGGACAUGUAAGUUUCUUCACUAAGUUUUUCUUCACCUUUAAGUUUUUAUAUUGAAGUAUAUAUAUUAAUAUAACUGAUAACUGAAAACUUUUAAUUAGAUAAAUACUUAUUAAUAAGUUUUAAUGUUGAUCAAGUAAAAUUCAAAGAUAAAAACUUCUGUCACAGUUUGAGCGUGAUGCGUAAAUAUUUGUCUGCUAAUAACUCAAUUUUGUCUAUGAUUGCUAGUUUUGGAGCUUAACUUGUGACUCUUUUGACAUUAAAGUAUUUUUUUUUAAAGAUAUAUCUUAACAUAUUAAAUAAUUUCGCAGCUGUGUGUAACCAAUUAUGCGUUUUGUUAUUAAACUUAACAAUAAAUAACAUCAAUUAAUUAAUGGAAAUGGGAGCAGCCGUUUGGAUUUCAAAGUGUUAGAUGUAUGUACCUGUACAGUAAUCAUAAUUUAAUCUACGCGUGCUACCUUCCUGUUCCAUAUUAAUUUGAUUCUAGUAACGUGUUUACGUACUGAAUAUGUAGUGUAUUAUAACGAUUUCAAGCAGAUGUCUAAAACUCUUAGCGAAACGUAGACAGCCGGCUCUAAGCCAUAGCGCGCCAUUACACAUAAAUUAGACUUUGUAGUUCAAUUGAAAGUAACUUAAUCUCGAGCGAAUGUAAUUAAUGUCACCGAACAAAUUAGAAUGGAAGAUAAAUUUAAGCACUCAAUAAUUACAAUUCUGUUUAAAUUUGUUUACUGUUUCCCAUUUACUCGGAAUCAUAGAUAGAUUCUCUUAAAUAACUUCUUCGCGUGACAUGACAUAAGAUUAUUUUGUCCAUUGAAAAAUCAAUCAAAUCAAUGAAAAUUAAUUCAUUAGAAUACCGUUUAUUUUUUUUCUUCAUAACGUUUCGCCUUUUGUUAGUUGCGAUUUAGAAUGUAAUGAGUGUUCAGUACAUACGACACCUACUAAAGUCACGUCUUCAGAUUUAUCUUAUGUUAUAUUGUUUUCGAAAUUAACUGUAAUGUGUAAUAUAUGUAUAA